GAGCAGCACUACCUCUCCUCUGGACAGCUCCACCACAAUAGCAGCGCACUGCCUGCCACAUCGCCCGAAACGAAAUCAAAACGGUGUUGAGUUUUUGGCGCGCAAUUUUGUCAACCUGCAGAAAUUCAAGCUGCCAUACGAUAGCAUAGCAUUUUGCUUGCUUGUUUGUCCUUUUUUUUGCUGUGUCUCCCUCAGUGUGUCUGUGUGUGAGUGUGUGUUUUGUGCGAGGAUAAUUGAAGGGCGCAUUUGAAAUAUUGAUGGGACAAGUGCAGCGACAAAGGGCUCGAUAAUUCAAGAGACUUGCAGUGCGGUGAGCCCCCUCAGCCCCCCGUUGGUUAAAGAAAACAAAAACAAGAACGGGAACGGGAACGGGAACGUUAACGGGAACAACAAUCGCUAACAAUCAAAGAGCGAGGAUGAGCAUGUGAAUCCAAUUGGCGGCGAUGGCAUCGAGCAGCAACAAGCCCAAAUACAGGUCCCAUAGCGGCGCGGUCGGCACGCAACUUCGUUGGCUGGACUGCCUCAUCCAGCUGUGCUUGUUUACCCGAGCUGUGAGACUGGUUGCUUACGCCGAGGAGGUCACCACCUCAGGCAGCCUCUCGGAAGAAUGGGGCUCCGGCUGGCGUGGCACCAAUUUCCUGGUAGAAGUGGAGCAGACGGCACCCUCCCUACCCUCGGGAUCAGUUGUAGGCGCCAGCAGCAGCAGCAGCAGUGGCAGUGGCAGUGGCAGUGGCAACGUUGAGGACUAUCUGAGCAGCCUGGAGGAGGAUGGCAGCUUCACAACGGGCACCACACCGGGAGCCAACUCCAACAGCAGCACCGUGGACACGGGACCCAAGAUCAUUGUGCGCACGGAGGAGGUGCUGAUUGUGGGCCUUGUGCUGGUCCUGUGGGUGGGUGCCAUUAUGUUAUUUUUCAAUCGCUGGGGCAAGAUUCGCAUGCUGGAGCCCUACCAGCCAAAGUUCCAGCAGCAGCAUCGCAGCUCCUGUCCGCUGGUCGAUCUGGAUGCAGUGACAACGCAUCAGCGCACAUCCGUCUCGCGUAUGUCGAUGGGCAUGGUGCACAAUCUGAAUAUGCCGACGUGUCACUUUGCGGCCUAUAAUCCCAACAUUUAUGCCAAGGGUUAUGCCUCGCAUGUGUCGCACGUGUCACGGCCGAGGCAGAACUCGGUGUUUGUGGGCGCCAGCACCAGUCACUAUCUGAUGCCGCGAGCGCCACGCAAGACACGCUCGGCCAUGGACUUGCACUCCAUGGUGCUGGAUGAGAGUGCCGAGCAGGUGUAGGUGCCAACCAAGAUGCAGCAGGAGCAGCCAUCAGCCAAGGACUAAGUCGCAUAUUUGUUGUAUAAGUCAGUGUGUAAGUGGGUUGGGAAAAAGGUGUGAGGGAAAACGCAGCCCAACUAUUUGCACUCAAAGCCUAUGCCCCUGUCUGUCUCUCUGUCUGUCUUUAAUUUGUCUUGUCCCUUCAGCGAUCGUGUCAAUUUCGGUUAAAGCUGUCUUCUAGGCCAACCCAUUACUGAAGCAGACUAGCAGCAGUGCUAACUAUGGUGGAGCAUUCGUAUUAUUAGCUUUAUUAUCCAGUGUUAAUCUCAAACGUAUGUAGUCUAUGCCUAACCCACACGUUUCUCUUCUACUUCUACAACUUAGCGUGUUGAUGCCACAAUUAUUGGAUACCAGAAUAGACAUAUUUAGUGAAAUACAAAUGCAAAUAUUCAAUAUGCGGACACAAGUGCAAAACUGUGUCAUUAAUUGUUUAGUUUGUAAGCCUAAAAAGCUCAAAGGGGAUCAGAAUAGAAAACUCUCUGGAAAAUCGAACCACUACAGAACACAACAGAACGUACUUUCUUGUGAUUUUGUUUGUUUUAUUUUUCUUGGCUGCAGCAAAACUCUAUCAAAACUAUCAGUACUAGCUAACUGUCUAAACUACUCGUAAGUUGUAAGUAUUUUGAAGACCAAGCAAGAGCAGGUUGAAACUGCAGAGAGAAGGAAACUAACGAAAGCUUUAAAUUCCUUUUGGGGCCUGUACCAAAACAAAAAGAACAAAAAGAACAACCAGAACCCAUCCAGAACAAAACCGAAAAUUGUAUUCUAAGCUUAAGGUAAAUAACUCUCAACCAAAUGUCUAGUGCAAAAUAUGUGGAACAAUGUAAACUAUAAACCGAAACCCAAACUAGAACUCAAACUACAGAUCUACAACCACAUCAUACUCGUAUAUUGAAGGGCAUUCCCGCACCACAAAGGUGUUUGCCCAAACCAAAAAUGUUCUAACUUGUUUUACAAUAUUUACAAGAGCCUCGGCAAAGCAAAGCAAAUAUACAACA